AUGGAGCGGCUGCGGGACGUGCGGACACAACUACAGGCCUGGGAACGCGCGUUCAGGCAGCAGCGCGGGCGACGGCCGGGCCAGGAGGACGUGGAAGCGGCGCCCGAGGAGACCCGCGCGCUCUACCGGGAGUACCGCGCCCUGAAGGAGGCCCUGGGUCAGGCCAGCGGCGUCGGGCCCCGCGUCCCUGUGCAGUCACUUCCGGAGGCAGCAGAGGAGAUACCGGAGCUUAACUGCUGGGGGUCCCACCUGAAUCGGGCUGUAACCCAGAGUCCGCAUCCUGCUCCAGGGCCGAGACCUCGGAGAUCUGUGCAGGACUAUGGGAAGAGGCUUAAGGCAAACCUAAAAGGCACUCUGCAGGCUGGGCCAGCCCUGGGCCGAAUACCCCAGCUUCCACGAAGAUCCUCACCCAAGGUGCCUUCCCUGGGGCUACCAGCUGCAGAGGCUGCCUCCAUGUCUCCUGAAGAAGUCAGUGAGAUGCCCCCCCAGCUUCCCAGGCCCCAGCUGAAACCAGGCCGGUUCCAGCAGCUGCAGGAGUCCCUGAGCCUGCGGCUGGGCUCCCUAGACCCUGGCUGGCUGCAGCGGUGUCACAGUGGGACCCUAGAUUUUCCAAAGACUUCUGAAGAUUGCCAGCCUGUCCUGGGUACAGAGGAACCACAGCCUGUGACUUCACAUGUUUCAUGUGUUCUUGGCCCCAGCACAGGCCCUGAGACACCACCUCUACAGGCAGCUGGAGUCAGUGCAGUGAGCUCCCUACCAGGCAGUGGUCAAGGCAAGAAGUGGAAACAGAGUAGAGAGCCAGAGGGAACCCCUGCACAGACCCAGCACCAUAGCGGCCAAGCAGGCCCCCCGCCUGAGGAAGCUAGGGCUAUAGUGCGCACAGAAGACUGUCCAGGGGAGCCCAUGCAUGCACAGCCACUCAGCAGCCUCUCAGCCCCCAGGUAUAAAAUUCAGCCUCCCAGCAGGGUCGCCUUGAGUUGGGCCAGGGUGGGGAGGACUUUGGCCAAAGCUCACCUGUGUGUUCCUUUUAGGCCAGCUGUUCAGGACAGGGGUAAUUAUGUUCGCCUCAACAUGAAACAGAAACGCUAUGUUCGGGGCCCAGCCCUGCGUGGCAGACUCCUCCGAAAGCAGGCAUGGAAGCAGAAGUGGAAGAAGAAAGUGGAGUCUUUGGAGGGUCGUCAGCCCAGAACCACAGCCAAGGAUUUUUGCUUCCAGUGUGGGCAGCUCGGCCACUGGGCAUCCCAGUGUCCCAAACCAGCAGAUGAGAAACAUACAGAGCCUGCUGGGCCUGAGUUGCUGGCGCCCAUGGAGGCACCUGUGCCUGGGGCAUCCUGCCCGCCCCCAACUGUGCCACCACUCUAUGUGCCAGGUCCAUUGGGGCAGGUGGCAGAGACACCAGCUGAGGUGUUUCAGGCCCUGGAGCAGCUGGGACACCAAGCCUUCCGCCCUGGGCAGGAACAUGUAGUCAUGCGAAUUCUGUCUGGCAUGUCCACGCUGCUGGUGCUGCCCACUGGUGCUGGUAAAUCCCUGUGUUACCAACUCCCUGCGAUGCUCUAUGCCCGGCGAAGCCCCUGUCUCACACUGGUUAUUUCCCCUCUCCUGUCCCUCAUGGACGACCAGGUGUCUGGCCUGCCCCCCGGCCUGAAGGCAGCCUGUGUGCACUCAGGCAUGACCAGGAAGCAGCGGGACUCUGCCCUCCAGAGGGCGCGGGCAGCCCAGGUGCAUGUGCUGAUGCUGUCACCUGAGGCACUGGUUGGAGCUGGGGCUGGGGGCCCUGCCUGCCUCGCUCAGCUACCCCCAGUGGCCUUUGUCUGUGUUGACGAAGCCCAUUGCCUCUCUCAGUGGUCCCACAACUUCCGACCCUGCUACCUACGUGUCUGCAAGGUGCUGCGGGAACACCUGGGAGUGCGCUGCUUCCUGGGUCUCACAGCCACAGCCACGUGCAUCACCGCCCUCGACAUGGCCAAGCACCUGGGCGUAGCCAAGGAGGCUAUCCUCAGGGGUCCAGUUACCAUCCCCACCAACUUACAUCUCUCUGUGUCCAUGGACAGGGACCCAGACCAGGCUCUAGUGACACUGCUUCAGGGUGACCGUUUCCGCACCCUGGACUCCAUCAUUGUCUACUGUAACAGACGGCAGGACACUGAGCGUAUCUCUGCUCUGCUCCGCACCUGCCUGCCUACAGCUGGGGCCGCAGGGCCCAGAGGCAGAGACCCAGAGGCCAUGGCUGAAGCCUACCAUGCCGGCAUGUGCAGCCGGGAGCGGCGGCGUGUGCAGCGGGCCUUCAUGGAGGGUCGGCUGCGGGUGGUGGUGGCCACAGUAGCCUUUGGGAUGGGCCUGGACCGGCCAGAUGUGCGGGCUGUUCUGCACCUGGGGCUGCCCCCAAGCUUUGAGAGCUAUGUGCAAGCCGUGGGCCGGGCCGGCCGUGAUGGGCAGCCUGCACACUGCCACCUCUUUCUGCAGCCCCAGGGUGAGGACCUUCGGGAGCUGCGCAGACACAUACAUGCCAAUGCCACUGACUUCCUUGCGGUAAAGAAGCUGGUGCAUCGUGCAUUCCCACCAUGCACCUGUGCCCAGCGGCUGUCAGAGCAGGAGGGAAGUGAGAGACAGGAGAGCUGGUCAUCUGAGCAACCCAGCCAUGAGCACACAGCCCGGUGCCCAGGCCACGAGCGGACACUCCCAGUGCAGCCCACAGUGCAGGCUCUGGACAUGCCUGAGGAGGUCAUUGAGACCCUGCUGUGCUACCUGGAGCUGCACCCACAACGCUGGCUGGAGCUGCUGGCACCCACCUACACUCACUGCCGCCUGCGAUGCCCUGGAGGCCCUACCCAGCUCCAGGCCCUGGCCCACAGGUGUCCCCCCCUGGCUGCGUGCAUCGCCCAGCAGCUGCCUGAGAACACUUGCGGGGAAAGCAGCUCUGUGGAGUUGGACAUGGUCAAGCUGGUGGAUUCAAUGGGCUGGGAGCUGGCUCCUGUACAGAAGGCCCUCCGCCAACUACAGUGGGACCCAGAGCCCAGGACAGGUGUGCUGGUGGAGUUCAGCGAGCUGGCCUUCCACCUGCAUAGCCCAGGGGACCUGACAGCCCAGGAGAAGGACCAGAUCUGUGACUUCCUAUAUGACCGCGUGCAGGCCAGAGAGCGGGAGGCCCUGGCCUGCCUGCACCUUGUGUUCCAGGCCUUUCACAGCAUAGCCUUCCCCAGCUGCGGGCCAUGCCUGGAGAAGCCAGACGAGGAGCGCAGCACCAGGCUCAAAGCCCUGCUCAGCCACUACUUUGAGGAAGAGGGACCAGGGGGCAAAGAGGAAGCACAGGGCCCAGAGCCAGGGCAGGCCAAGCUGCAGGACUGGGAGGACCAGAUCCGCAGAGACAUCCACCACUUGCUGUCCUCGUGGCCAGAGCAGCAGUUCUCAGGCAGGGCUGUGGCCCGCAUCUUCCAUGGCAUCGGAAGCCCCUGCUUUCCAGCCCAGGUGUAUGGUCGAGAUCGGCGAUUCUGGAGGAAGUACCUUCACCUGAGCUUUCAUGCCCUAAUAAACCUAGCCACAGAGGAGAUCCUGCUGUGGGGCCGCCGCUGACCACCUUGCAUCAGGCAGGCCCUGUUCCCCAUGCCAGACGUGGGUGUGAACGUGUGUAUCACAGCGUGGACAGUGGCAGGUGUAAGACCAAGACAAAGAAACGUCAGUGGUCUGGACAGUG